AUGGCCGACGUCGAUUCCAAGGGCGGCAAGCGCCUCAGCGCCGACCGAGAUGGAACCUCUAGGAAGAAGGCCAAGAAGGAGGAGGUCGAGGACGAGCCAAAGUACAACCCGUACCUCGCACACAUGAAGGAGGAGAACGGCGUCGUUUCCGGCGGCGCCAUCGAUCCCAGCUCCCCCUUUGCCGACUUCAAGCAGCGCGCAACCUCGGCGAAGCAGGCCGAGAAGGUCGAGGACCUCGACACCAACGCCUUCACAGGACGCCCCCAUUCGCAAAAAUACUUCCAGAUCCUCCAGUCCCGUCGCGACCUGCCCGUACACAAGCAAAGACAAGACUUCCUCGAAAAGUACCAUUCCACCCAGAUCCUCGUCUUCGUCGGUGAGACCGGUUCCGGAAAGACGACCCAGAUCCCCCAAUACGUCGUCUACGACGAACUCCCCCAGCUCAACCGCAAGCUCGUCGCCUGUACCCAGCCCCGCCGAGUCGCCGCCAUGUCCGUCGCCCAGCGCGUCGCCGACGAGAUGGACGUCAACCUCGGCGAGGAGGUCGGCUACAGCAUCCGUUUCGAGGACAUGACCGGCCCCAAGACCAUCCUCAAGUACAUGACCGACGGUAUGCUCCUCCGCGAGGCCAUCCACGACCACGAGAUGUCCCGCUACAGCUGCAUCAUCCUCGACGAGGCCCACGAGCGCACCCUCGCCACAGACAUCCUCAUGGCCCUCCUCAAGCAGAUCGCCGCCCGCAGGCCCGACCUCAAGAUCAUCGUCAUGUCCGCCACCCUCGACGCCCAGAAGUUCCAGCGCUACUUCAACGACGCGCCCCUCCUCGCCGUCCCCGGUCGCACCCACCCCGUCGAGAUCUUCUACACCCCCGAGCCCGAGAGGGACUACGUCGAGGCCGCCAUCCGCACCGUCCUCCAGAUCCACGCCUCCGAGGCCGAGGGAGACGUUCUGCUGUUCUUGACCGGUGAGGAGGAGAUCGAGGACGCCUGCAGGAAAAUCAACCUGGAGGCCGACGAGAUGAUCAGAGAAAUCGACGCCGGCCCCCUCGCCGUCUACCCCCUCUACGGUACCCUCCCGCCGCACCAGCAGCAGAAGAUCUUCGACAAGGCCCCGGCGCCCUACAAGAAGGGCGGCCGCCCCGGCCGCAAGGUCAUCGUCGCGACCAACAUCGCCGAAACCUCCCUGACCAUCGACGGAAUCGUCUACGUCGUCGACCCGGGCUUCAGCAAGCAGAAGAUCUACAACCCCCGCAUCCGCGUCGAGUCCCUCCUCGUCUCCCCCAUCUCCAAGGCCUCCGCCCAGCAGCGAGCCGGUCGUGCCGGUCGUACCAAGCCGGGAAAGUGCUUCCGCCUCUACACCGAGAACGCCUUCAAGAAGGAGCUCAUCGAGCAGACGCACCCGGAGAUCCUGCGCUCCAACCUCGCCAACACCGUCCUCGAGCUGAAGAAGCUCGGCGUCGAGGACCUCGUCCACUUCGACCUCAUGGACCCCCCCGCCCCCGAGACCAUGAUGCGCGCCCUCGAGGAGCUCAACUACCUCGCCUGCCUCGACGACGACGGCGAGCUCACCACCCUCGGCUCCCUCGCCUCCGAGUUCCCCCUCGACCCCGCCCUCGCCGUCAUGCUCAUCUCCUCCCCCGAGUUCUACUGCUCCAACGAGAUCCUCUCCAUCACCUCCCUCCUCUCCGUCCCCCAGAUCUGGGUCCGCCCCGCCGCCCAGCGCAAGCGCGCCGACGAGAUGAAGUCGCACUUCUCCCACCCCGAGGGCGACCACCUCACCCUCCUCAACGCCUACCACGCCUUCAAGGGCCAGGCCAACGUCCCCGGCGUCGACCCCAAGAAGUGGUGCCACGAGCACUUCCUCUCCUUCCGCCACCUCAGCAGCGCAGACAACGUCCGCGCCCAGCUCAAGCGCAUCAUGGAGACCCACGGCCUCGAGCUCGUCUCCACCCCCUUCGAGGACAAGAACUACUACACAAACAUCCGCCGCGCCCUCCUCUCCGGCUUCUUCAUGCAGGUCGCCAUGAAGGAGUCCUCCGGCAAGGUCUACCGCACCAUCAAGGACGACCAGGCCGUCAUGAUGCACCCCUCCACCGUCCUCAAGACCGACUACGAAUGGGUCCUCUACAACGAAUUCGUCCUCACAUCGAAGCAGUACAUCCGCACCUGCACCGGAAUCAGGCCAGAGUGGCUAAUGGAGAUCGCCCCCGUCUACUACGACCUCGACUCCUUCGAGAAGGGCGAGGUCAAGACAGCCCUCACGCGGGCUUCGGAGAAGAAGCGCAGAAAGGAGGCCAUGAAGAACGGCCGGUGA